UGUGUUGGAAGUCGGUGUUGUAUGUGUGCGGAAACUGUCAUUAAAACCCCGAUUUUAGCCAUCUUCUCAUAUUCGGAUAGGACUAAAUUUUAUAUCACAGCCUUAUGAAUUCUGGACAAACAUUGAGUGUGAAAUUCUCUCGAAGAUAACCCGCCAUGGGUGCAAAUGGUUUGAAAGUUGGAGGUGCGCGCUAGUCAAAUUCUUGGAUUUACCUCGCUUAGUGUGCGGUUUUCUUUCCUCGGGAAAAUUUUCAGAUAUGUGGUAAAAGCGAAGAAAGUCCCGAUGUGUACGCAUAGAACGAGGAGAAAAAUGGAUAUUCUGCUGGUGUCGUAUUUCUUGCUGGGACUCCUGAUAACAGUCAGUGGCACGCCAGUUUUCAGCGCAUUCACUUUCACCAUCGAACCCAAUAACACCGUGGUGGACAAGGGUCGAGCAGCCAUGCUGAACUGCGCAGCCAAACACACCACACAGACGCCCGAUAUACAAUGGAUUCGCGACGGCGAGUUUAUGAAUUUUGACGCCGAUACGAGAAGGCACAAAUUACAAAAUGGGUCGUUAUAUUUUGAGACCAUCGUCCACACACGUGGUAAUCGACCAGAUGAGGGCGUUUAUCAAUGCGUGGCUUCCGUUAACGGGCUAGGCUCCAUCAUUUCACGAUCUGCCACGCUACAAAUCUCAUAUUUAUCCGCAUUCACCGCCGAGCCUGCCGACCUCGUCAUGCAUCUUGGCGACACCGCCAUGAUUCCGUGUUUCGUCGACGCGGUCCCGGCGGCCGAGAUUUCAUGGCUGAAGGAGGAAAUGGAACUCACCGAAGAGGAGAACAUAAACAUUAGAAUACAUAAAGAGGGCGUGCUAGAAAUUUUAAAUAUACGUUUUCAAGAUUUUGGAAAUUAUAAAUGCCAGGCCAAAAAUUCUGAGCGUAUACGGACGAGCCGGUUUGCGGCGCUGCGGCAGAAUCCGGAUGUUGGAGGUCUGGAGGGGGCUUCCUACCAGGGGGUCAACCCGCUAUUUGUAAUGUCGCCGCGUGAUAAAACAGUCCUCGUCGGCAGUACUGUCAAACUCUUCUGUGGUGCUAACGGUCGUGAUCGACAGGGUCAACUGCCAACGAUAACGUGGCUAAAAGAUGGCGCCACUAUUGAUAUGUCCCAUCUUGACAGUCGGUUCCGCAUCGUAGGCCAAGGCAGCUUACAAAUCGAUGGCGUCACGCUCGCCGACGCUGGUGCUUAUACAUGUCGGGCGAGAAACUUGGAAGAAUCAACGGAUACAGACGCCAUCUUAACUGUCAACGAGCCGCCAAAAUUCAUCAGAUCACCUCAAAACACAUUCGCACAAGUCAACAAGGACAUCCAGUUCGACUGUGAAGUCAGCGGGAAUCCAAAACCUACCAUCCAGUGGAUAAAAAACGGUGACAUCAUCAUCCCGAACGACUAUUUCCAAAUCAUCGACAGCCAGAGUUUGCGUAUUCUUGGCUUGGUCAACUCGGACGAGGGGAUUUAUCAGUGUGUUGCGGAGAAUAGCGCGGGAAAUGUCCAGGCCAGCGCUCAGUUGAUAAUUGUACAACAAGACACAUCUCAACCGACCCAACCCACCCUUACGACCGAAAAUAAUGUAGGUGACACCAAGGCCAAAACGGAGGAUCUACCGUCGGGGCCGAUGGAUCUUAAGCCGGUGAUCGUCUCGACACGUUUUGUGACGUUGACGUGGAAGAUUCCUCAACGUACCGGGCCGACUGAGAUUAUCGCCUAUUCGGUGUAUUGGAAGGAACAGCGCUCGGCAAGGGAGCGUGUCCUCAACACUACAUCACCGGAGGCGAACAUCCAGCAUCUGAAACCAGCUACGAAGUACGAAUUCCGUGUCUUGGCGUACAAUCGCCUUGGCCCGGGGACGGCGUUCGCCAACACGCAGCUGGAGACGCAACCAGAAGUCCACGUCCCAGGCGCCGUCGCAAACGUCCGAGUGGUCGUCGAAAGUCCCAGAAGCAUCCGUGUCGAUUGGGACGAGCCAAUUGACACCAAGGGUGGCGCCAUCACGCAUUAUAAACUGUACUACUAUGAAGUAAACGCCAAAGAAGAAAAAGAUAUCGAUGUGACUGGCACUGGGUACACUUUGACCAAUUUGAAAACAUUCACGCGAUACAAUGUUCGGAUUGUGGCCUAUAAUAGCAACGGCCGAGGAAUGAGUACCGAGGAUUACGCGGCCAAGACGUAUUCGGCCGAACCGUCCGAUACGCCGAUGAAUGUCACACUAGAGACUGCUAGUUCUAUGAGCGUUAUAGUCCGCUGGGAACCGCCGCCAAAAGAAUUCCAGAAUGGCGUCAUCACAGGUUACAAGAUCAAGUUCAAGAAAGCUAAAUCAGGGCGCACAAAGUCCGCUACGACAGACGGAAAUCGACGCUUGUAUGUUUUGACGGAGUUGGACCGCGGUACCAAGUACCAUAUAAAGAUUGCCGCGAUUAACGUGAAUGGGUCAGGCCCGGCCACCGAUUGGAAGGCUGCGACAACGUUCUCAACAGACAGGGAUGAAACCAAAGUUCCAGGGCAGCCAAGCUCACUUCGAGUCCGGCCCUUCACCAAUUCCAUCGUUGUGAGUUGGACACCGCCCCACAACUCUGACAUCCAAGUGCGGGGGUAUACCCUCGGCUACGGUAUUGGCAUCCCCGAUGUCUAUAGCCAAGUUCUUGAUGCCAAGCAGAGAUUAUACACCAUUGAAGAUUUAAAACCUGCUUCCGAAUACGUUAUAAGUUUGCGAGCUUUUAACAAAGUUGGAGAUGGCCGGCCGAUAUACGAGACAGUCAUUACUAGGGAGGAAACGACACCGGAGCCAGCCACCCCAAUGAUCCCUCCUGUCGGCCUCCGAGCAAUCGUCCUAUCACCAAACACGAUCCUGGUCACAUGGUCUGACACCACCCUCGGCCGCAACCAGCACAUCACCGACAACCGCUACUACACGGUCCGAUACACGCCUGUAAACACCCGCAAAUUCAGAUACGUCAACUCGACGGAUUUGAACGCUCAUAUCGAUGAUCUGCGGCCAAAUCAGCAGUAUGAGUUUAUGGUGAAAGUGAUCAAGGGGAGAAGGAAAUCUACAUGGAGUUUGAGCGUCGUUAACGCAACUUUUGAGGAUGCACCAUUCUCUGCUCCUCGAGACCUGACACCCAUCGGUAUAGAUGACAUGCCACUGGCCGUGACCCUGAACUGGCAGCCGCCAAGGUUACCAAACGGACAGAUUACGGAAGAUGUUACAGGCUAUCUGGUUUUCUAUACGAUCGAUGCGACACGGAAGGACAGAGAAUGGGCCGUCGCUGGCGUCCUCGGCGAUAAACUUUCCACGACCAUCCGAGAUUUGAAUCCCGAUACGACGUAUUAUUUCAAGAUACAGGCCCGGAAUAGUAAGGGCUACGGCCCGAUGUCACCCACUGUUGUUUUUCAAACGGAGAAAGGUAGCGCUAGUACUGGUGGAGAUAAUAAAUCACCAAAUAUAUUAUGGAUCAUCAUCGCAUGCGUCAUCGGUGUCACCGUCAUCGCAAUAUUUGCGAUUGUCGCCGUUAUAAUAAAAAGACGACAGUCGACGCGUGGCGGGCCCAGAAAGUCGGGCUACAAACCCUCUAGCAAAACAAAAGGCAAAAUGAUCCCGCAAAAAGACGUCAAACCGCCCGAUCUUUGGAUCCACCAUGAGCAAAUGGAAUUGAAAUCCAUCGAUAAAGGCAAUGGCGACCCAUCAAUGACGGUUACGCCGAUCCCGCGGAAUUCCCAGGAUAUAAACUGCGGUGAUUCCACGUUAGAAAAGAGACGUAAUUCAUUUGUUAGUGAGUACUCGACACACUCCACAGGUGACUCAUCCUACGAUCGUCGGCAGAGUCAAGAUCGUCAUGGUCACCGGUCGGAUGACGAUGACAGAUAUCGGCGACCAGUCCCACGUAAGCCAAUCACCUUCCCAGUGGAUCAACAUCCGCGAGAACCGAUCGCAACUGCUACUGCAAUACCUAACGGUCAUAUUAUAGACUCUGGCGGGUCGCUGUUAUCAUCAACGACCAUGCCGGUACGACCCAUGUAUCCUCGUACCCAAUACAGCGCACAGUACAACAAUCCUCCCCCACGUGUUCACGCAGGAGACAUCUCGCAGCCAAGCUCAGAUGAAUGCUGCACAUUCGAUCGCCGAAGCCUCCAGCGUCAUAUGAGUCGAGACAGUCUAAGAUCAGGCCCCGUUUCGCCCGAAUCGCCGUGCCCUUACAACCAACAAGCACCAAUUCCGUAUGAUCAGCUGACGAACCAUUCUGGAUCCAACUCUUCGACUCCUACGGAGUCGACGAAAAGUCUACCACACCGGCCUGGGCACCCGUUAAAAUCGUUCUCGGUCCCCGGGCCGCCCAACGGUAGCGCCCCUGGUACUCCAACACCCAAACAUAUAGUAAAACCGACACAAGCCACUAGUCCAUAUAAGAAGACAGUCCCGACCUCGUCAGGUCAAUCUGGUCCCAUGAAGUCACGAUCACCUCUGCCCGUAAUCUCUCCACGCGCACCCGAUGCCGCGAUAAAAUCACAUCAUAAAAAAGGCGAGGAUUUACCUCGAUCAUCGAGCACGGAGGAGUUAUCAGCAGAGAUGGCUAACUUGGAGGGAAUCAUGAAAGAUCUGAACGCAAUCACACAAUCAGAAUUCGAAUGCUAGCCGCCGGAAAAUGGACAGUUCACCUUUAAGCAUUCGUUCAAGCGACAAAAACUCACCAUUCUGCUUUAAGGAUUCAACAGUCGUGUUCAUUACAGUUCAUUUCUUCAUCGCGAAUUCAUCAAAAGUGCAUUUUGGACAAUCUUACGGGUGGUUGAUCAAUGGAACUUCACGACGCACCUCUUCUGGUUCCAGUUUUGACUAAUGUUGGAAACAUACUUAGGGUCCAUUUGAAAUCAUAUUCAACCCUACCACUGCAGUUUUAAACAGUCUUGAUUCAUCACCGGACUAAACAAUCACAUUUCAAAAUGUGAUUUUUCCUCUCCGUGUGUCAUGGGAAGGUUUGGGUACUUAAAUCAAUGGCCAUAUUCAUAAAGAUGUUUAGUUUUACAAGUCACAAUCGGUUGUCUUCAAAGUCACAACAAUCGCUAAGAAUGAUGACGAACUUCGUUGGCGAUACUGCGAUACAAUCUGGCUGAUACUACAAUACAAUCUGAGCGAUACUACUAUACAGUCUGAGCGAUACCACAAUCUGAGCAAUAUUCAAAAGAAUCAUCGUGGAAUAUGUAACUUUGCUUUUGCGAUCUUGCGCAACAAAAAAUGCAAAAAUGAGCGCCAAUAACAAAAUGUCUUCAAAUACUCAUGAAACUGUGCACAAAUAACUUGGUGCCAUUUGUACCAUAUUUCAUUAGGUAAACAUGGUGGCCAGCUGAAAACGGCACCGAACAAUCACUGGUGCUAUUAGCAGUGUCAUUUGUGACCGUUUAGCAAAUCAGGGAUCAACUUCUGAAAAGUGUGCAAAAUCUCGUCUUGAACUGUGCGCGUUGGAUUCAAUCGUCAAAAAAGUUCCAUUUCUUGGAUUGUUUGUGAGGUUGGUUGAACUGGAUUCGAGGUUGGAAUAGCGCAAAAGGACGUUUUGUAACCAAAUGAUGGAAUGAGACAUGAACUUGAAACAGGAGUCUCAGUGACCUUGGUACGAGGUUGCGACUUGGACUCUUGCAUUUGUCGAGCCUCGUCCCAAGGUGUUCAUAGUAUGUGGGUCACAACCUCGACAGCAGGGGCAGGAGAACCCUGGGGACGAGAUUACAGUGCAUUUGUUAUGCGCGAUGUGCCAAACUUUAUAGGUGUCUCCACCUAUUGGACUACGUGGUUACUAGGACAAUGCAAUUGGUGCAUGCUUGGCAGUAUAAGCCAGCGUGUCGUGCGAACUUAAAAAGGGCGGUGUUCAGCGCCUCCUGUGGACAAUACAAGAAUCAUCAAGCAUUCAUUGAUUCAUUUUCGUAAGAAUUGUGUGUUUGUAAACAAGAUUUUUGACGAAUGCCUAUUGUAAGGAUAUCCUAACCCUUGGAGGACUGAGACAGGGAAAUUCAGAAUUUGGCUUUUACUCAAAGAUUACAAAGAGUAAAGUCCUUUUACUCAUUAAACUAGACUGUAGUUGACAGCAUUGAACAAGCAGGCUGGGUUUACAUACGAUUCACAUGUGUGAAGGGGUUAACGAUCUGAACGGAAGCUUUGCACCCAUUGAGGACCAGUUUUGGUAUUUUUAUCGAUAACAUACUUUCAUGUCUCAGUCCUUAGAGGGUUAAACGUAUUUGUAAAGCUUUUUGGAGGUUUUGAUAUUGUGUAUGUGAUGUAUUGCUAUGGUGUAUAGGCCUACGUCACCUGAUUCUAGAAUUGAAAACGGCAUUUUAUAAUGUAAAUUAUCGUUCUUUUGUUGGUAGUACUAAAUACCUACAGGUACCGGGUAUCAUGGUUGACCCAUAAUGGGAUGGGGGAAAGUGCAACCGUAACACUUCGAAAUCUGGCUAACAUUUUAACAGAAACAGACGACUUCCGCAAUCUUGAAUCUGUGAAAUUUUCGGGACAUUUUCCCAUUUUCAAACACAGACAUAACAACCGUGAACAUUUCAACUCAACUUGAUUUUGGGAGCCAGCGCGGUAUUUAGUCUAUAGCGAAUUUAAAAUGAGCAUUUUUCACCAAAAUUUUCGCGAAAAUUUCACAGUUGACAGUUUUCUUGCAGUGGAUUUCAACUGGGAGGGGUUAACAUGCGACCACUGUUUAUAACACUGCUGACUAACAAUAAUUUACGCCUGAUUAUAUAAUUAAGAGAUUGAUAACUUGGGAUAAUUAGUUGAGUGUUUAACAAAGUAAUAAAUAAUUGUGGUGCUUUUGAAUUUUGCACUGUCAGCACAUUUGGUGACCCUGUCUGCUUGAAAUAGUUCACGAAUAUCCGAAUUGUGAACUCAUUAGGGUGAACAGGGUCACCAUAAUAACAAACUAACAUGCAUUGAUACAUGGAUUGAUGUGCACCCCUCCCUCUUUUGAGAAGAAUGGGAACUACUGGAUAGUUAGUUUCAAUAACUGUUGAAACUUUGUUUUCAAUUUUUCGUAAAAUUUUGUGUUAUUGAUGCUGAAAAGAUUAGUUAAUAUGACGUGAUGUCGGGCUGCACAAAAUGACUCUCGAGGUAAUUAUUUUACAAUUUGGACACUUCAGUGAAAUCCUGAAAUCCAUAGAAUUUCUCAAUACAGAGAUUUCAGACCCGUUGUUAAUCGUAAUUAUAUAUCUUGCUUCGUUCAAGAUAUUGCUGUAUUAGUUGGUGCGUGCGAGUAGUUUUGUAAUUUAUUAAAAGAGGGCAUGGUUGGUCAGACAGCAUCGGACAGAAUUUUUAAAAGUUAUGGAUAUCUUACUGUCAAGAGGUUGGAGUUUGUCAUGAAGUGUUGCACUUUGCUGUGAAGAUGUAAAUUUACUAUGAAUAUCAGUAAAUCUACUAUGAAUACUAGUAAAUUUACCAUGAAUAUCAGUAAAUCUGCCCUGAAUACUAGUAAAUUUACUGUGAAUACUAGUAAAUUUACUGUGAAUACUUGUAAAUUUACUGGGAAUACUAGUAAAUUUAAUGGGAAUACUAGUAAAUUUACUGGGAAUAUAAAUUUACUAUGAAUACUAGUAAAUUUGUUGUGAAUACUAGUAAAUUUACUGUGAAUACUAGUAAAUUUACUGUGAAUACUAGUAAAUUUACUGGGAAUACUAGUAAAUUUACUGGGAAUAUCUAAAUUUACUAUGAAUACCAGUAAAUAUGUUGUGAAAUCCCUGAACAUUACUGGAAAUCCUUUUGAAUUGUCUGUGGGGGAGGG